UUUCCUAUUUUAUUUAUAUUUCAGGAAUUGAUAAGUGAACAUUAAAGCUAGCAAUAUAAAUUCUUCUAGCCAUGUUAUCCUCCUGAAGCUUUGGUUUGUUAGUUUAGUAUUCAUGGCAACACCAUACUUUUAUCUGGAUGAAGAUUCUUCUCAAGAUGACAAUCAGUCCCCAAUACCUCAUGCUGAUGAAAUAUUGAACAAUGGAUGUGGUGAAAAUUUGGACACAAAAUCUACAAGACUGAGAAAAAAGGUUGCACUAACAGCACCCCAGCUUGAUGGCUUGUUCUAUUAUGAUCAUCACCUUAGCAAGCAGGAUGCAUCUCUUGAAGCCAACCGAUUUCAACCUGACUCAUCUGAUAUUGUCAACCAAUCACAGCAUUCUGAAUCUUAUAAUUCUCGAUGCAGUUUUUCAUUUGCAGGCUCUACUGUGCCACAAUCAUCUUUGCUUCACCUAUCAAUGGGGGCUUCAUUCUCAAGCCAGUUGAGCAGCACUCAUCUCACUCACUCUGUAGUGAGAAAUGAUGUAUCAGGUGAUCCUGCCAUUCUGGUUUACUGGGACCUCAUCAAUGAGUUGCUAGAUGAACAAAAUUGGAAGCGACUGGAGCAGCUUGCAGCAAGUCUUCGUGAUAUUACUGAUCUUCUGCUCUCUGACACCACUUGGCUCUCUUUAGAUUUCCAGUCAUUAUCAGAACUCAUCAGUGUUUUUGCACUUCUUGUCUUGGAUGAGAAGCUAACUAACUUCAAUGUUGUCUCAGAACCUCAAUCUCCAUCCAAAUCAAAAAAAUCUACUGGUAGUAGGAAACUGGCACACAUUCCAGAUGAAUUCAAAGGUUCAUUACCAUCUGGGGGAGCUUCUCAUGCUACCCCAUCAGAAAUGGGCAACAUACCAGUUACGGAUAGCAUGGAAAUUGCUAAUAAUCUUGAAGAUGCUGGCACAUCUACUGGGAUAUUUCCCAUCUCUGUCAACUCUGAAAAUAUGACUGGUGGAUCUACUGCUGCACACAAUAAUGUUGCCACCAGCAGUGUGAAGUCUGACAUGCUUGCCACAUGCUCUACCAAGUCAACUUGCCCAGCCAGAAUGAUUACAGCAAAUCCAGCUGAUGCACUUGCUGCUGCUGCAACAGAGGCAUCAGAUAACAUUGGCCUCAGCACCGAUAAUACAUCAGGACUUGCUGUUACACCUACAAUGAUCAAGGCUCUUCCAAAGAAUGACCAGCCCAUAUCUGAAUCAGCCAAGAAAGAAGUCAGUUUUGCUGAGCCUCGUUGUGUUGUUUUGGACGAGCCAGUCCAAAGACCAGUAUCACCAACAGGAAGUGGAGGUUCUAAUGCUGUGUUGGAAACCAAUCAUGAAGAUGAGUGGAAGAAUCAUGUCAUCUCUCAACUGUUGAUUGUAUAUGAUUUGUUGCAGAAAGUCCAUCAUGUGAGAAUUUUUGAGAGACACGUUCCUAUAUCACUGGCUGCCUGUUUUGGAUAUGCCAAACACUACGGCCCCUCUGCCCCAGCUGCCAGUAAUACAUGUAGUAACUGCAAGACUUCAUUAAGCAGUGGCCCAUCUACAGUAUCAACAAGCCUCUUGCCUUAUCAUUUGUCUCCUAAUCUGUGCCAAGCUUGUCAAACUCGUGACACACCUGGAAGCCUCCCUACAUGUUUUCCCUUCCCCUACAUCAACUUGCAAUGCAUGCGGAGUCUCCAGUCUCUCAACAUCAACAGGGUGCCAUGGCAUAAAAUUCAUGGGUUGAGCUGCCACCGAUCGAGGCGGCUGCGCUACAUCAUGAUGAGAAGGGCAGGAAUGACUUCACUUGAGCAGCUUGCAGCUCACUGCUGUGCUGAUCAGGCUCAGAAGCAAGCAUGGCAUCACCUGCUGGAGUUGGAUGUCUCGUACAACCCUUUACGCACGCUGGACUCAUCUGUGUGCCUCUUCCCUAACAUCACAGCCCUUCAUCUAACGCACUGCGACCUAACUACAGCCGAGGGCUUGCAGCAGAUGACGGCUCGCCUGACGUUCCUCGACCUCAGCUACAAUAAACUCUCCACAGUGCCUGGACUGUCAGCCUCCUGCUGCCAGUCACUCCUUACGCUCAGAAUUGUUGCCAACUUCAUCGUCUCCCUCAGAGGUCUGGCGCGCCUGGAAAGCCUGGAACAUUUGGAGCUGCAGGACAACUUGAUCCUCAUGUCUGGGUCGCUGGCACCUCUAGGCUGCUUAUCUGAACUGCGCUCUCUGAGGCUUGCAGGGAACCCUGUAUGCUACGUACGAGACUCACGCUACGCAAUUGUUAGUCGUCUGCAUCCGAAGGUCAAUGACCUUAAAAUAAUAUUGGAUGAACGACGUCUGACCAACGACGAGGCGGCUCUAGUGGCCUCGAAAAAUUGGAUCUUCGUGCGUCAGGAGGCUUGUGUCACGGCAGGGACAGACCCGGUGAUGUCUCCCGAGGUUGUGCUGCGGGCCCAGCAAGCUGCGCUGCCCCCAAGCGAUUCUCGCCUGCUGCCAGUCUUGCGACCCAUUGACGGCCCCGUCAGGCCCAAGAGAAAACGUUCUACCAAGAGAACACGGCUGGUGGAGAUCGCUGAGCCAAUGGGAGACGAGCCUCAGGGUGAUAGCACAGGAGUAUCUUAUUCAUCUGGGACCUCACCAUCUGAAACAGGGAUCGCCUCCUGUUCAUCACAUCCGCCUUCGAGUAACUCCGCUAGCGCUGGGUCUCCUCGCGAUCUCAGGGAGACAGAAGGCGUGCUGCCUCACCAAGUGGUAGUGGAGGACCUGCUGCUCAAUGCUGCGCCGCGCAGCACUACGAUAAUCCAGUCAUCGAAAGUGCCGAGUUGUAGUCGGACCAAUAAACCUGUGCUAGACAAGGUUGUUGAACGUACAUGUUCAAGAAAAAAGGUUGAAGAAAAAGACUUGAGGUUGAAUCGAAAUGCUGUAGGUACCGUAGUUAGGAGUCCUAGCAACUGUCCCGUAAAUCCGAAGGAUAGAAUUGUCGAAAAAAAUGACGAGUCUCACGGGAAAAUUGGAAUCUCAGAUGUUAAUGGAAUUAAUAAAGUGAGUGAUGAUAAACGCCUGAAUAAGAUUAACGAAAGUAAAGAAGAUCUAGAGGAAGAUGAGAAUAUUGAUAAGCCCUCAACUGCUGGAUGUGAUGAGAAAUACAGUAACGGCAAAGAUCCCGACAAAGAUGGCGGAGGAGCAGCUGGCGGCGGAAGUGCGUCUGGAAAUUCCACAUUGCAGUCCAACGGCGGUCACAACGGCAGCUGCGACGGCGGCAAUAGUGGCUCGGAAAGGGAUAACAGUGAAGGUCAAUACCAAGGUCGGGCUGGCAGUGACAGCUACCGACAAUGCACCAACAAUUCAGUAAAUUCUGGGCUAAGUAUAUCUUUGGCAAGUGUUGUUGUCAAAGACGAACCGGGAGUACCGGAUGACGAAACUGUAGGACCACAGGCGCUUCUUCUGUGUGAUGAUCAGGCUGGAGUGAAUAAUGCGUGGGUUGAGGCGGUGGUACAUCCUUCGCAAGCUCAUGUAUCUGCUGGUGAUGGGGAAUCCUUUUUCCGUCCUCUCAAUAGUGGGUUGCAUGACUCUCGGGGAAAUUGUUUAGGCAUUGAUACGCAUGCUGAAAGGACGGAUGAAUGUAACGUCGAUAAAUGUGGAGAAGUAAAGUCGCAUGUCUUUGGGCAAUACAUAGGUGAGCAAGAAUCAUUGAUGGCUGAGGCAAAAGGUGUGUUGAAUUGGGAUGAAGAGCAGCGAGCUAUUCUGUCUGCAUCACUUACUAAAAGGGCUUCUGCAUGUGAACGUAACUUCGAGAGUCCUCCAGGUGAGAUUACCUCACCAAAAAAUUCACCCCAAAACAUCGUCACAGAUGUCCAGGCGUUUAAGAAGGCAACUCAAUGCAAAUGUUUAACUUGUGUUAUGAAUAAUAAAACAUUUAUUGUAGGCGCGUAUGCUACCGAAGCAACGCUCACUGAUCGAGAUCUUCAUAAACUCAGUUCACUUAAAAGAAGUAGAUCAGUUUUGACUUUAUACCCUGACGACAUGACAAAAGACCUUCAAAUUGAUAGUGAAGAUAAUAUCUGGUGUGCCAUACUAAACAGAUGUGAUAAUUUCGAUGUUGCCAGUUUUACGAGUAACCGCGGUUCGUCGGGCAACAGUCGCGGGUUGAAGGCAAGGAACGCACCGCCAGCGUCGUACGAAUGUCGCGUUAUUGAGUACUGCCCGCCGUUCUUUUACGAACGCCGGCCUCUGAACGCCGCGUGUCACAAUAGUGGCCGUUACUACGGUGCCUCGAGUCCUCCGAGAGAAGAGGACGACGCCAUGGACCAGACGCUUCAUUGUGACUCGAGAUGGAGUCUGCGGAGGAUGGAGUGCGUUAUUAGCAUCAGUGGGCGCGUUAUGGUUGAAACCAGCGAUGACUGCAAGCAAGGCUUUAAGGUGGUAUUCACGCAGCUACGCAGCGUUGCUGUCAUGGCUGACACUAGACUGCGUGUCACGUUCUGUGAUCCUCACCACAACGUACUGCACCGCACCUACGAGCUCCUCCCUCAUGUCUUGCAAUCAUUAAUGAAGCACUUCAGGCUGCUGCUGGCAGACAGUAAACUGCAGUUCAAAGUCAAUGAUGCGCUAACUUGUCAGCACUGUCAACAUGUUUUCAGCUCUAGUCUCACCGUCAGCGUUGAAGGUUUCCCUCAUGCACUGUGCCCAGAUUGUGGGUGGACGACGGACGGCCAGCAAGUUGACCUUCACCUCGUAAACGCGACGCUGAGAGAGCAGCAGCGCGUCGUCUGCAGCAUAUUUCCUGGUGUCGGGCCCCUGCUGCCUAUCUGCUCCCAGCCAUGCAGUCAUUCCCUGUGCAGUGUAGCUGCUGCUCGUCGCAGUGCGCGUUGCAAUUCUGCGAUAAAUUUGCAGAAUUUCAGAGACCCUCUUAUGCGUUCUUUGUCUGUUAACAGCCUCACCUCGUCGUCUUUCUCAAUCGAUCAAUCUGCUGCUACAUUGGGCUACCCCAGUUACUACAAUCGCCAGAAUAAGAAGAGUUCCAAUGGAAAUAUUUCGACUGGUUUUGAGACCAACUUGUCGUCAUAUCCUUACGAUGGUCUGUUUGAUGAUCCCAACCUCACUUGUGCUCCUGCGCACGUCAUCUCUGCGUCAUUGGAUGCCAUCGCCAAAAAAGCAUCUUGUCCUGUCACGGCUGGAGGCUUGAGCGCAAUCGCUCAUAGCCAAAACCGAGUUGUGCACCGCUCUCAAAAGUUGAACGAGGUCAACUCAUCCGAAUCUUUUCCUACCGACCGUGUUCUUUCCAAAUCUGCUGAUGAGCAAAUUGCCGACUUUAUUAAACAGAAGCUAGCCAGCACCUCGCCGCCCAAUAGCUUAUGCCGCAGGAACAACUCAACGCAUAGACAAAAUCAUUUGCGGCUCUCGGGAACUUUGGGUAUGUCGCAACAAUCAUUGCAAAACCGGACUAUUCUGAUGGACACUUCCAUGACCACCGAACCAAUUGAUUUCGGUAAGCCCGUUUCUGGUAUACGAGCUUCUACGCAGAGUCUUACACCAUCUCCUGUAGUGGCUCCCAGACACGAACGUGUUGGACUGGCUCGCGCAGAGUUAGCUGAAUGUCAGCCUCUUUUUCAAAAUCUAACCGAUUCCGUGCAGGUUCAAAAACUAAGCGGAUCUUGUACUCCAGGAGGAAGAAAUGCCCAGCAAGAAGCCAAGGUUUUUCUUUCCAAGCGCGAGAUGGACAAGUCAAAAUGGAAUAAGGAAAACAUGCGCCCUAUGUUAGGAUGGAUGCCUAAUACUGUUGCCACUAUAGCUGAACCUAAUUGUUACUCAGAACAACUACAUGCUUCUAUUUCCCGAGGCGGUCAUGAUUAUGAAUUGAGGAAGCACUCCGUGAGCUUACUCUACUCUGAUGAUCAUUCUUCCGUUGCUGCUCGUGAUGUACUAAGACAAAGGUUAGUUACAUGACUUUUGUUAUGAAUCUAACCCAGGCAAAUUUGGUUGAACAUCGGAUUCUGAGCUAAUAUCAAUCACUGCAUUUGGGACAGGGGAUGUGCAUCGUUGUUGCUAUGUUCUUCCAGUGUUUAACAACUGUGUGUUUUUCUCGAUUACCUUUUCCUCUCAAUGUCUAUCUUUUAUAACAAAAUAAACUAAGCAGCAACCUUCGACUACCCUGCAUGUGGUGAGGAGCCUAUGUGAAAUAGAAAAAUAAAUUCAUGGACCUUGAACUGAUCUUUGCGUUAUAUGGUGAAUGUUUCUUAAAAAAUCUCAUUGUUUAAAUUCAGGUUAAUUCCUCUUGAAUGAUUUUGUCGGUAGUUCAUAAGUCAAUAUACACCAUAGAUGAUGAUACUUAGGUGGUACUCGUACGAGGUCAUUAAUUCUUGAGCAAUGCCAAAACUAGUAAAUAAGUUCAAUAUGUUUAACAGUUUUUCUAGAUAGUGCGCGUCGUAUAAGUAUUUACGUUGAUAUUUAAUGUAUAGCGAAGUAUAAAAUCUACAUUACCUUGAUCUAUCACAUGGCUGCAGAGAUAGAAGAUCUUUUCAGCUUUCGAUCUUUCACUUCUCAUAGACUGAAAUUAACCUUUCUGUCCUGUGUUGCUCGUCGUAAUUUGUUCCAUAGUGAGCAAUGUAGCUUUAAUUUAGAGGAAAUUAAUAUAUUAUCUAGAGCCACUGAAGUUUCUGACUAGUUUGAGAAUUACGAGUUUGAGUUAUGUAUUGAAAUUAUGUCUAUAUGUUCUUGAACCUGAUUAAAAAUUAAACGUUUGUU